AGUUACAAUUAAAAUCAACAGGACCAGAGAAAAUACAUACCAAAUAGCCAUAAUGUAAAUACAAGUGUUGUGUAUUUUUAAUUAAUGCUGUGUAAUCAUAAUACCUAAACUUGGUCCCAGUAAAAGAUAGAAUAUAUCUUUGUCCUUUCUAUGAAGAAAUGGGAAGAUCACAGGUUCUGAAUACCGCAUACACUGGCUCCAAUUUUGUUUAUAUGUUGGUUAGUUUGGGAGGAAAGCUUUUGUUUUCCCAUUCUUUUUUUAAGUGCAUCACUUUCAGACACUCUUUUUUUCUUUUUUUAAUAAAUACAGAAUACUGGGGGUGGGAUGUCUAAGUCUGGGCCAAUUCAAAUCCAAUCCCACUCUUGAGAAAAACCAUUCCAAGCACGAAAUCCACUGGAAAUGUCUCCGUGGCAUCAUCUUUAGAUAGGGAAGAUGGAUCUCGGACUAGCUGAGGCAAACAUCGCAACAACAACAAAACUAACAACUGAGUCUGUAACUUUCGCAGCUAAGAAAGUGCGUGGCGGAGCAGCCAGAAGGGCGGAGAAGGGGUCCCGGGACUACACUCACUCCGCAGCCACAGACCAGCUUCCAGGCAGCAUGAGUCAAAUGCCUAGGAAUUCCUUGAAAAUUAUUCUGAGGCAGCUGAAAUGCCACUUUACAUGGAACUUGCUGAAGGAAGACAUUGAUCUACUUAAUCUGGAAGAUACAAUAAUUGACCAGAUUGAAUUCCUUGAUAUGAAAUCCAAAGUCACCCUUUAUAACCUCCUGGCCUAUGUCAAACACCUAAAAGGUCAAAAUGAAGAGGCUCUGAAAUGCCUAAGACACGCAGAAGAGAGAAUUCAGGUGGAACACGCUGAUCAAGUGGAAAUAAGAAGCCUUGUGACCUGGGGAAAUUUUGCCUGGGUCUAUUAUUACAUGGAAAGAUUUCCCAAAGCCCAGUAUUAUGCAGACAAGGUGCAGAAAGGUUACCGGAAAUUGCCCAAUUCCUCCCGCUAUAAGAUCGAGUGCCCAGAGGUUUAUUGUGAGGAAGGGUGGGCUCUGCUAAAGUGUGGCAGGAAGUAUUAUGAAAGGGCCAAGGCGUGUUUUGAGAAGGCCCUGAAGAUAGAACCCGACAACCCCGAGUUUAAUUCUGGCUUUGCCAUCGCAGCCUAUCGUCUGGACGAUAAGGAAUAUUCCUGUCAAAGGGUGUCAUCCCUCGACCCUCUCCGCAGAGCAGUUGAACUCAAUCCGGACAACACGUUUGUCAUGGCCCUUCUUGCCCUGAAGCUUCAAGACCUAAAACAGGAAGCGGAAGGAGAACGCUACAUCCGGGAGGCCUUAGAGAAGAUGUCCUCCCAGCCCUACGUCCUUCGCUACGCGGCCAAAUUCUACCGGAGACAAAACUCUCCCAGCAAAGCUCUGCAGCUGUUAAAAAUCGCCUUACAGGCCACACCCACGUCUGCGUUCUUACAUCACCAGAUAGGCGUUUGCUACAAAGUCCUGAUGAUCCUGGUGAAACAGUCCACCAAGAAGCGACCCCGGGAAAAAGAGAAAGAGAAGAGGGAGCUGAUUCAAUCCGCCAUCUUUCACUUUCGAGCAGCCAUGGAACAGAAUUCCAUGUUUGUGUUUGCCUAUACAGACCUCGCCAACAUGUAUGCCGAGGCUGGUCAGUACGAAAAGGCAGAAGAUGUAUUUCAAAAAGCCCUUCAUCUGCAGCACGUGACGGACGAAAACAAACAACAGGUCCAUUUCCAUUACGGCCGCUUUCAGGAGACUCACCGGAAAUCGGAGGAUAUUGCGAUGUACCAUUACUUAGAAGGCGUCAAGAUAAAAGUGGAGUCUUCUAUUACCUCCAAACUGAUAAGUGCUCUGCAGAGACUGGCCACGCGGCGCCUUUACGAGAAUGCCGUGGACGUAAAGAGCCUGGGCGCCCUGGGCUUCAUUCACAAGCUCAAGGGACAAAAGAGACAAGCCAUCGAGUGCUACGAGAGAGCCCUGAAGCUGGAUCCCGAGAAUGGGGACUUCAUCAGUGCCCUGUUUGAGCUGCGGCUCUCCUUUUGAAUUUCCCAGUUGGUGCUGGGGAGCUUUAGAAGCUUCGUUCCCAAGAUGAAAUGAAAAAAAACAAAAACAAGAACAAAAAAAAAAAAAAAAAAACCCGGCAAGCCUAGGUAGAGUCAGGACAAAAAGCCCUCGAGUUAAAUGCUGAGCAAGGUGACUCGAUCCAUCCCC